ACCAAUAUAAGAAGCCAAAAUGGCUGCAAUUAUUUCUUGCAAAAUGGCACCAUCAUUCCCUCCUCUAACUUUCUCUCUAUUUCUACUUGUUUUAUCAGUUUCAGCCUUCUCCUCCUCUGUUACAAGCAGUAAUUUCGCAGAUUCACUGGCAGAUAAACUCAUCAGGGACUUAAAUUUAUCUCCCAAACAUGAAGUCAACAUUGUUCCACCAGGCACUUCAGAUACCACUCAGAAUUCCAGGCUGGUUGAAAAGAAAAUCAACCUUCCAGUACUUGGAGAUUCAGGAGCCACUGUCAAAGAUUUAGGCCAGCAUGCCGGGUUUUUUCGGCUUCCACAUUCUAAAGAUGCGAGGCUGUUCUAUUAUUUCUUUGAAUCACGAAAUAGCAAAGACGACCCUGUUGUUAUAUGGCUGACAGGUGGUCCGGGAUGUAGCAGUGCGAUUGCUCUGUUCUAUGAAAAUGGUCCUUUCCAUAUUACAAAAAACAUGUCACUUUCUUGGAAUUCCUUUGGUUGGGACAAGGUUUCAAACAUAAUAUAUGUCGACCAGCCUGUUGGGACUGGUUUUAGCUACUCAUCUGCUGCCAGUGACAUUCGAAGCAACGAGAAGGGUGUCAGUGAUGAUUUAUAUGAUUUUCUGCAGGAAUUCUUUAAGGCGCAUCCAAACUACACAAACAAUGAGUUUUUCAUAACCGGAGAAUCAUAUGCUGGGCACUAUAUCCCUGCUUUUGCUUCUAGAGUCCAUCAAGGAAACAAAGAUAAAGAAGGAAUUCCAAUAAACCUAAAGGGUUUUGCUAUCGGGAAUGGCCUUACUGAUCCAGCAAUUCAAUACAAAGCAUACACUGACUUUUCAUUAGACAACAAGAUAAUCUCAAAAUCUGAUCACGACAGUAUCAACAAAUUGGUUCCAGAAUGUGAAAAGGAUAUUAAACUAUGUGCUACCGUAGGGAAUCAAACUUGUUUGGAUGCCUUCGACGCCUGCACCGCUAUAUUUGGCGCUAUCUUGGACGUUGCUGGAAACAUAAAUUACUACGAUAUUAGAAAGCAAUGCGAUGGAGGAGGCCUGUGCUACGAUUUCUCACGCGUGGACGAGUUCUUGAACCUACCAUCAGUUAAAGAGGCGCUUGGUGUACACACUGACUAUGUCACUUGUAGUUCAAUUGUGUAUAAUGCCAUGCAGGGAGACUGGAUGAAGGAUCUUGAAGUUGGAAUUCCAGCCCUCUUAGAAGAUGGAGUUCAAGUGCUUAUAUAUGCAGGAGAGUAUGACCUUAUCUGCAACUGGCUUGGUAACUCGAGAUGGGUUCAUGCCAUGAACUGGUCCGGUCAGAAGAACUUUACAGCAGCUCCUACUGUUCCAUUUUCAGUUGCUGGUGCAGAGGCAGGGAUAAUGCAAAGCUAUGGACCUCUCACUUUCCUCAAGGUACAUAAUGCCGGUCAUAUGGUUCCAAUGGAUCAACCAAAACCUGCUCUAGAGAUGCUGGCUAGGUGGACACAGGGAAAACUUGCUACGACAGGAAAACUGAAUUAGCACCCAUCCUACUUGCUUUUCACAUUUACACUAAAGAUACCACUCUAAAUAUACUCAACCAUUGAUCGUAUCCCAGUGUUCCAAGUACUGGGAUACUGUAAUCAACUUGUAACUAGCAAUAAGAAUACAAUAUAAAAGAAGUUAUACCCAAGCAUGUUUGUUUUGUA